UUUCUUUAUUUUUUUAAUCUUUCUGUCCGUCUGUCUGUCCGUCCAUGUCAUCGUUUAAUCAUUAGAUAUUGUUGUUUUCUUCCUGUUGAAUUCAUUUGUGUGCUAUUUUAAUUACUGAAUGAUAACGAUGAGUUUUGAAUUAAAUACACGGGGAGUGUGUUCAGUUAAAAGAGGGUAGUGGAGGAAUUUAGAAAACAAAACCCUCCAAAAAGGGAUAUAGAUGACCGGAUGUUUUCCUCCUACAGUGGUCUUGAUUGAAUACGGUGAGAAAAGUUGGAAGGCUCUUUAAGACCGAGACACCAUCAAUCACCUUCUACAACUCCUUUUUUUGGUAUGCACAUAUUUCGCCUGGUUUUGUUUGAUUUUUCUUUUUUGCUCUGGAAUAAAAAAAUUCAAGGUGAAAGCCAAAAAAUCGGUAUUAUUAGAGCUUACUAAAGAAGAGUACUAACAUAAUCUUGAACCAUCAUAUCCUUCUGAAUCAUGUCAUGUUUAUUUUAGUUCUGGUAAUUGUAAGGAUUCUUUCCAUUUCAUGGGCCUGUCUAUGAAUUGCCAGCAGCAGAACAUGUUAACAACUGAACGCUCCCUGGCCUUGUGUUCUAAGGUAUCACAAUUCUUCCGAUUUACCAUCAAUCCUUUUCUUUCUCCCCCUCUCUCUUGCUAUUCUUUUGUUGUUUACCUGCUUUCGUUGAACAACUAACAGUGAUGAUAAACUAAAAUUGCAAAUAUUUUACUAGUCUAGUUUCUGUGUUAUUACCUCCCUUGUACCCACAAGAUAUUCCAAAACUCAUGUUACUGCAUGUCAAAAUCCCACAUUUGGUGCAUGGGAUGAUUUGAAAAGACUACUAUCUUGCAAGCAGAUGCACGAGGUAAGCCAACUUCACAAGUCCAUGUUUAUGAACUCGAUCCUAUUUUUCUUUAUGUUUCCCUCAGGUUAUCUGUUCAGCUGGUGAUAGUUGAUGCCUAUGGUGCCAUCUCUAAUAUGCUUUUAUUGUGUGGAAUCCUUUGCUAUCCCUCCCCGUAUCCAGCAAUGGUUCGCCCCUUAUUUCUUCCACGCCCUCCUGGAGCAUUCAGUGUGGUUCCAGCAGUGCCUCGGCCCCUUGUUCCUGGGAUUCCUGGUGUUCGCCCAGUUAUCUCCCAAAUUAUCAGGCCAGUAGUUCCAUCUGUGACACCAGCUGAGAAACCACAAACCACAGUUUAUGUUGGCAAGAUAGCACCAUCUGUGGAAAAUGAUUUUUUGUCAUCACUCCUUCAGUUGUGUGGACCUGUCAAGAGUUGGAGACGCCCUCAAGAUCCUGCUAAUGGAACUCCUAGAGGUUUUGGAUUUUGUGAAUUUGAAUCUGCCGAAGGGGUUCUCCGAGCAUUACGACUGCUGACUAAAUUUAACAUUGAUAGGCAAGAACUAAUGUUAAAUGUUGAUCAAGCAACUAAAGAAUAUCUGGAGCGGUAUGUUGAAAAGAAAACUGAAAACUCGAAGAUUUUCAAAGAGACUCAAGCUGCAGGGGCUGACAAGGAGGAUAGAACAGGCAUUGAUAGUGAGAAGGGCGAACCUCCCAUAUCCUCCAUCAAUGUCUUAAGCAAUGAUAGUGACAAAGGGAACAAAGAAAAUCAUGACCUUGCUAACUUUGGUAUUGUGACUGAUGAGGACAAGGUAGGUGAUCGAGAGGCUCUGGAGAAGCUCACUAGCAUGAUAGAAGAGAGGUUAAAGACCAAACCUCUGCCUCCUCCUCCACCACCUUCACAAGCACCUGCAGAUGGUUCUGUCAAUCCAAACUCGGAAUUGCCAUCUAAAUCGAGAGAUGUUAAUACUGAUGCUGACAUAAUGAGGAGUCAUGCAGCUGAUGGUAAAAAUGAUGAUGAGACAACUAGUGGCAAUAAAGCUGCAAAUGACCAGGACAGGCCUGAAACGAGCUCGCCCGAUAGGAGUAGAGGGUAUGACAGGAGAAGCAGAGAUAGAGACAGAGAACGAGAUCUAAAACGGGAAAAAGAACGAGAAAUUGAAAGAUAUGGAAGGGAAACAGGACGAGAGCGAGUUAGGAAAGAGAGGGAGCAGAGAAGGAAGAUUGAGGAGGCCGAGCGUGUGUAUGAAGAACGCCUCAAAGAUUGGGAGUAUAGGGAGAGAGAGAAGGAGAAACAGAGGCAGUAUGAGAAGGAGAGGGAUAAAGAAAGAGAACGCAAACGAAGGAAGGAGAUUCUUCAUGACGAGGAAGAUGAAGAUGAUGAUUCAAGAAAAAGGUGGCACAGAAGUUUUUUAGAGGAUAGGCGAAGGAAGAGGCUACGGGAGAAGGAGGAUGACAUGGCUGAGAGGCUCAAAGAAGAGGAAGAAAUUGCUGAGACCAAGAGGAGAGACGAGGAAGAAAAGCUUCAGGAGAAACAGAGAGAUCCAUCGAAACUCUUGUCUGGAAAUGUCUCGAAUGGAAGUGAUAUGAGGGGUCUGACCGAAGGACCUGGUAUUGAAAGUACAGAGAAGGCUGUUGAAAAAGAUUAUGAAGGUGUUUCUGGUAAUGAAAACCACACAGGUGAUGGGAUUUUACAAAAUGGUGCCGGUGAUGAAUCAAACAUGGCAUUGAUAGCUGAAUCAGAUACGCGACAGAGUGGUAGCGUUCCUGCAAGAAAGUUGGGCUUUGGUUUAGUUGGCUCUGGAAAACGAGCUGCUGUCCCAUCUGUUUUCCAUGAAGAGGAGGAUGGCGAUGCACAAAAGGAGAAAAAAAUGAGGCCACUGGUUCCCAUUGAUUAUUCAAAUGAGGAGUUGCAGGCUGUCCAACAUGCUGUUUCUGGAGCACAGCCACCAAAUCUUGUUGCUGCUGCAGAAUUUGCAAAGCGAAUAUCAAAUGUUGCGCCAAAAGAGGAGAAGCCUGAUGCAGAAAGAGGCAGACGCUCUCAUGAUAGGUCAAGCCAACGGGACAAGGACCGUAAUGAUGAUGACAUUAAUCGAAGCAGAUAUGAUAACAAAGAAAAGGUUCUUGAAUGGGACAGGGACCGAAACCGAGAACAUGGGCUAGAUAAAGUCAAGACACCAGAUAAACGGAAGCUUUUGGAUGUGAAGCAAUUGAUUGAUAUGAUCCCAAAGACCAAGGAGGAGCUAUUCUCGUAUGAGAUAAAUUGGGCCAUGUAUGACAAGCAUGAGCUUCAUGAGAGAAUGAGACCUUGGAUAUCAAAGAAGAUUACAGAGUUUUUGGGAGAGGAAGAAACCACAUUGGUUGAUUACAUCGUGUCGAGUACUCAAGACCAUGUGAAGGCAUCCCAAAUGUUGGAGAUGCUUCAGGCUAUAUUAGAUGAUGAAGCUGAAAUUUUUGUCCUCAAGAUGUGGAGGAUGCUCAUCUUUGAAAUCAAGAAAGUGGAAACAGGUCUUUCCCUCCGGUCAAAAUCAUGAUAGAGCAUGCAAUACCUUUUUACUUGCAUAGGCACAAAGCUGAUCUUGUUAUUAGUCUUAAUCUUCGUAGUUUCGAACAGAAAAUAGAUUGCAGGCCAUGUUUGUUUCAUGUAAAUGGUUUUCUAAAACUAUCUUCCAAACUUUCAAAUGUUUAGUGAAUUUUAGGAAAGCUGGUAAA